AUGUUUUUUGCUCAAGUGAAGAUGAAGUUUUCUGCUGCUACGUCAUUUUUACUUCUGGUGACUUGUUUUAGCUCCUGUAUAAAAGGAAACACACAAUAUACUCUUCAAGAUAGUUUGAUGAAUUUCGGUUCUAAGCCGUAUAUUGUGUUACUGGAGCAAGAGCGUUAUCGACGUGAUACAGCUGAUUUGUCGUCUACAGUUGAGCCUCCAACAUCAGCCGCAGCUACUACAGCAUCCAACGUCACUCCCAAUUCCGUCCCGUCUAAUUCUACAGGCGACAAUAAUCGAACUACCAACGUGACUACGAAGCCCACCACUCCCACCGUGACGGUAACCAAGACACCCUUAUUGGGGUUCAAUGGUACUGGCAUUCGGCACGUAGAAAGUACGUCUAAAGUAAGCGAACCGCUCCUACCCGAUGACAAUGUACCGGACGUGUUUAAGGUAACCCCGGAAAUGAUCAAAGCAGAACAUAACCUGACGAACUUGACAUACGAUAACUACAUAUUCUACAACAGAUCAUUCAUCGGGAACGUGUCCUAUGUCAAGGAGUUCUGGUCGAAUAUCACCGGACCCAAGGCAGAAGUCCACGACGUCCUCAGCCACUCGCACAGACGCGCCACAACUAUGAAAUUGACCUUCGAUUUCCCGUUCUACGGGCACAGGAUUCGAAACAUAACGGUGGCAACGGGUGGGUUUAUUUACACGGGUGAACCGGUGCACAACUGGCUCGCGGCCACGCAAUACAUAGCGCCGCUGAUGGCGAACUUCGACACCACACUUACCAACGAUAGCGUGGUCAAACAGUACGACGACGGCAGCAAAUUCACUGUUAUCUGGGAAAAUGUUACACUACAGGAAGAUCCAAAUAAAAAGUUUACGUUCGCGGCCACACUUUACCAAAAUGGUGAUAUAGUGUUUACAUAUAAGGACAUUCCCAUACCCAUUCAGCAGAUUAAUGAUAAAGAACAUCCCGUAAAAGUGGGUAUCAGCGACGCGUACUUAACGGACAAAUACAUUUUUCAUGUGAGACAUCAGAAAAUCUACGAGUAUCAUCGUGUGUCAUUCAAGAACCACGAGAUCACGAAUAACACAAUACUGAGACUAACAGCGCUACCCACAUGCAUUCAGUACAAUACAUGUGAGAGUUGUGCCAAUCACGAAACGUCAUUCCAGUGCUCAUGGUGCGAGCAAAUCCAGAAGUGUUCCAGUGGCACUGAUAGAAACAAACAAGACUGGGUCGUUAGAAAUUGUGAGAAAACGUCCAUUGUGAACGCGUCUUCAUGUCCCGCUCCCGCCCACCCGCCUGUCAACGUGCCUUCUGAAAACGGCAACACCGCGUACACAACCGAUGGUCAAAACCAUUCUAUCGUCGUCGUCAGCACUGUGCAUACGGAGACGGAGGCGAAGGCCACGGUAGGGCGGAGCGCGGCGGCGGGGGCGGCAGUAGGGGCGGCGGGUGUGGCUGGUGCGGGGGUAUCGCGCUCGCCCAUCGGCGGGGCGGUAGCCGCCUUCGUGCUGGUGGCCCUCGUCUGCUGCCUUGCCGCCUGGCUGCUCUACGCCUUCAAGAACCCGCACACGCGUAGCGGACAAUUCAUCAUCAAGUACCGACCUUCCCAGUGGGGAUGGAGACGUGGCGAGGCGCGCUACACCGCCGCCACUAUACACAUGUAA